AUGGACGCCGUCUUCACCUUCAUCCAAAUCAAUUACAACAUGAUAACGACGUGUCUCUCGGUGAUCGUCAAUUCAAUAUUCGUCUAUUUGACCAUGUACAAGUCGCGCAAGGCGAUGGGCUCCUAUCAGGAGAUUCUCGCCGCUACCGGCGUCUUCGAGAUCUUCUACUCAAUGCUUAUUGUCGUCUCCGAUCAGCUGCUAUUCAUCUCGCCCGACGUCUUCAUGGUCUACAUGCGUCCGGGAGCAAUUUUCGAUCAGACGCCGUUCGUGCUCCACAUCAUGAGCAUCAAAGUGUGCUGCAUCGGAUUGACGUAUGGCCUUCUCGAGGUCCAUUUCAUCUACAGAUACAUUGCGGUGUGCAAACCGCAUUAUAUGAACCAUCUGGCGAGUGGCGCGUUCAAACUCGCCAUUUUCCUAUACUUCAUUCUUCACGGCCUAUCCAUCUAUCUAAUCUAUAUCAUUCUGCUUCCUUGCGAUCGCGACACGAAAUCCAAUUUUCUUGGACCGGUUUUCAAUAAAACCGGCAUCGAUAUCGAGCAACGCGACGUGCUCUGCAUGACGAUGACGAAAGGAACCGGCGAGGUUCGCUUCAUCGGCCACCUCUCCAUCGGCUUGCUCUACUUCUUCUCAUUGUACUCUGUUAUGGUCUAUAUAGUUCUGGGAAUCUCGAUUAUCCGAAAUCUCCGCCGGACGGUUAUCAGCCGAGCGGCGAAAAGCCUACAACGCUACUUGACGAUUGCGCUGGUCGUUCAGACGAUCAUCCCAGUUGUCACCAACUUCAUACCGACAAUCAUCUCAUGGUCCUGCCCAAUGUUUCAGCUAACGUUGCCCUUACUAUUCUGGCGAUUCUCCCAAAUUUUCGUCUCGCUAUUCCCAAUCAUCGAUCCGAUCGGUGUGAUUCUGAUUCUGCCCGAAUAUCGCCGAUCGUUGUUGUUCUGCUUCCAGCGCCAUCACGAGAAGCACAUCGAUGUGAUCAGCGUAUGA